GUUUUUACUCUCGCGAUUUUGCUACUAAAUUCUUGCUAAAUUUCUACUAAAUUUCUGCGGUUUCGUGCGGUUUGCGCUUUGAUCAAGACUUCAACAACAGUUUCCAAGACCAAAAUUAGAAAUUGAGGAGAUGUCUUCAGAAGGGACUGUGAGUGUAGUGGGGAGUGAGGUGAUGCCCUUGGAUUACGGGAGCAUAGAUUCGGAGAGCAGUCCGUCUCCAUUUGGUUUAGAGAGGACGGUGGUGGAGAGGAGGGAUCAAAGGGUAGUAGAGGAGGAGGAAGAUGAGAUCCCCUCAAACAUUUUGGAGGCUGGGAGUAGCGUAGAUGGAUGUUAUAACCCAGAUUUAGAGAUAGUAUCCGAGGUGAGGGGGUAUGUGAGCGAAUUGGGUAGCAGGGAUAGUCUGAGGGGCCUCGUGGGUAACUGUAACCUUCCUCACCAUGUCCUAAUUAAGCCUGCCGGGGUGAAUGAGAGGGCAUGCUCAGCACCCCGAGACCAUUGGAUGCCCCUAUACGUCCAUUAUUUGAUUGCAGGGCUUAGGUUUCCCAUUCCAGAAUUACUGAAAGCUAAGAAAACCAAGCAGAACAACUAUAAGUUAAAUGAGGAUGAGGUGGAGGAGGUAGAAAAGCUGGUGAGGGAAGAAGGAGACGUAGUGGAUAUCUUGUACCUCACCAGCCCAAAGGCAAUAAAGGCUGCUGAGCUCUAUGGGCCAAGCUCAUUGAGCGAAGCUGAGAUGGACGAAUUUAUCAAUGCUGCUGGAGGACUGCGCAUCCCAAAGAAGCCAAGGAAGAAGUCAAAGACUUCAACUGCGGCGGAGAAGAGGGUGGCAGAAAAGGAGCGGCUGUCCAGCACUUCUGCUCGGGCUUUGGAGGAAGAAGAGGAAGGGUCAGAGCCAAAAGCCAAGGGGGAUGAGGUGGUGGAGUUCGUGCCUCAGCCUUCUCCUCUAGAAAUUGAUCCUGAAGUCCGGGAGAGGGAGGAGGCCGUGGUACGAGGCCUUGGCAAAGGCAAGGGGCCCUUCCCUCAACCUUCGUUCCAGAAGAGUUUGUUCGAAGCAACAAACACUAUUGGGGCGAACCGCUUCCUCAACACUACCCUUCCUAAGGUUGAUAGGAGGCAGGCAAGGGAUGAGGCGGUGAGCCAACUGGGGGCUACCGUUGUGAGGCAUGCCCUGGAGAAGGAAAGGGAAGAGUUGCAGAAGGAGAAGGAGGAUUGGGAGAAGGAGAAGAGGGAGAUGCAGAGGAGGCUAGACGAAGUUCUUCCUUCAGUGACCGAGCUCCAGAACGACAAUGAUGUCUUCAGCACGAAACUUGUCCUUGAAGAACGCAAGAGGAAGAUCUGUGAGGAGAAGCUUGAAGCUCAAGACAAAUAUAUUGACAAUAUGAGGAAAGGAGCGGCGGAGCUGAAGAAGAACGUGAAUCUGUUGGUGCACAACGGGAUGGAGGAGCACAUUGGCAACUUCCUCAACUCCAGCACCUUUGAGAACAUCCUCAAGCUAUACCGGCUACCAACCGCAAUCCUGGCCUUUACCGACUGUAGAAAGAAGGUGAAAGCCCAAUACCCAGAGGUGGACGUGACAACGGUCACCUUUGGGGAACAAGAAGAAGGAGUGGAGGAGGAUGGUGAAAGUCUUUCUGCUGACUUCCGACCUCUGAUCAAGUUGAGGUGGGAGCAUGAUGCAGAGGGACACACUAUCUUCCCUCCAGCCUUUGAUGUUGAGCUGCCUCCCGAGGUGCAUCCAGUCUCUUCUGAUGAAGUGCAGCAGCUGGGUCCUCCUAAAGCAGAAGUGCCGCCCUUGCCUGCUGGAGAUGAGCCGCCUCAACCACUCCUUCCUGCUGAGGAGCAGCCUCCUCCUCCAGUAGAGUAGCUUAGGUCGUCAUAUCUUGUAGUUAUUUUUGAAAAAACAUUUUUGUAAAUGAUGUUUGAUUAUUUUAUAAAAUUUUUGAAUUUCA